AUGGAGGGUAAAAAGUGUUUAUUGUUAGCAAUCUUCGCGAUUCUGGCGUCGGGUUCGAACGGACAGACCUUGGGAGGUCCCAUGCAUGGUAAGGUAGUGGUCUGCUACGUCGCGACCUGGGCCGUGUACAGACCUGGCGCUGGAAAAUUUGAUUUAUCUGACAUCGAUCCAACUUUGUGCACACAUCUCAUAUACUCCUUCGCUGGCUUGGAUGAGAGUACUGGAGGAAUAAAGAGUCUUGAUGCCUGGCAAGAUUUGGAGAAGGAUUAUGGAAAAGGUGGAUACAAAAGGCUCGUGUCUCUUAAAGCCAAGUAUCCUCACUUGAAGGUCACUGUGGCUAUCGGCGGAUGGAACGAAGGCUCCAGAAAAUAUUCUGUGAUGGCUUCCAAGAACGAAACUAGGGCGAAGUUUGUGCAAAGUGUGGUUCAGUUUUUGGAUACCUACAACUUCGACGGCCUGGAUUUGGAUUGGGAAUAUCCGACUAAGAGAGAAGGAGCUCCUCACGACAAAGCUAAUUAUGUAGCCAUGGUGAAGGAACUGAAGGAUGCCUUCGAGAGUAGAGGAUACAUUCUAACAGCGGCCCUCGGUGCCGGCAAAGACACCAUGGACUCAGCGUACGACCUCGCCAAACUCAGUCGGUACCUGGACUUCAUCCACAUGAUGUGUUAUGACUACCACGGAACAUGGGACGGAACCGUUGGAGCGAACGCGCCCUUGAGGGGAACCACUGAUGAUGACGUCUUGAGUGUGGAAUAUACAAUCAAAUACAUGUUAUCACACGGAGUCAGUCCUUACAAGUUGGUCCUCGGUCUACCGAUGUACGGACGUAACUUUUACCUGAAGGACGCAGCAGAGACAAACAUAAAAUUUGGUGUAACUCCAGCCAAGAAUAAAGGAUUCGCUGGACCCUUUACAAGAGAAGAUGGGUUCAUAGGAUAUAAUGAGAUCUGUAUGGAGAUUACUAACAAGUCGUCCAAGUGGAGUCAUUAUUGGGACGAGCGGAGUUCAACGGCCUACCUCCGAGACAAUGACCGCGUCAUUACUUACGACAACCCUAGGUCCAUCGCUAUUAAAGUGAAGUGA